AUCACCUUCCACGAGUUGCCCGGAACGUUUUGCGUUUGGGUCCGAAGCCGCGACAUAAAUAGACAAAAGGGGAAAUAGUGUGAGUGUGUGUAUAUGGAAGGAAGCAGGGUGCAGAUAAGAACGUCUCUCCGAUGCGUUCAAUAGCUGGCUCGCUACAUGUGAUAAGGAUAAGCGCGGGAAGCAUACUUUUUUUUUCUUUCAACUGAACCUCGGCUGGUCACUGCCAUCGCCUCCGGAGGGGAUUUGGAACUGAUAAACCACGGACGGUCCGAGUGUUUGUUUGAAGAAGUUACUGUGGUGUGUAUUUCGGUAUUUACAUAUUCUAAGUGAAAAGUUUUCUUUAUUUCCCUCGCUCGGAUUGGAUGAGAUAGGGAUUCAAAGUGUCUUCGACUAGUAAGUGAUUAACGUCGAGUUGCUUGGGUAAGCAGUUGCUAAUCGAACCUCACCCUGGACGGGUCUCUCCUGAAUUAGGUUUGGAUUAGUGGUCCUGCCCAGCAUAAGUAACUUGCUGACUUGAACGAUUAGUGUUUAGUUGGUUUGAAAGUUAGAGUAAAAUGUCUCUGAAAUUCGACAUCGAUACCGACCCUCCGACGCCGGAACUGCUCGAGAUUGCCCGGAAGGAGCUCCGUGAGACACCAGAAGUUCGUGAAGCUGCUAUCGAAGAACUUCGCAGCUUGCUGAAGGAAGCAACCGAUCUACACUACAAGGAUGAUGACGAUUUUCUGCUGAUUUUUCUGCGUCCGUGCCACUUCUACCCGGAAAGUGCACUGAAAAUGAUGCGUCGCAUCGCCGAGUUCAAAAAGAGCUACCACAACCUGCUGCACAAUGUGAUGCCGGAGGACGAGAAGCGUGCCUUCACCGAGCACAAUGUGGUCAAUGUGAUGGCUAACCGGGAUCAGAAGGGCCGCCGGGUACUGCUAGUUAACGUCGGUGCUCUGUGGGAUCCGAAACAGGUCAGUUCGGAGCAGUUGUUCCGGCUGUUCUACAUCAUUCAUCUGAUCGCCCAGCUGGAACCGUCUACGCAGAUCAACGGUGCCGUCGUCGUGAUGGAUUUCGACGGUCUCUCGCUCAAACAGGUCAAAGCUCUCUCACCGUCCUUCUCGAUGCUACUGCUGACCUUCAUCCAGGAGGCUCUACCGCUACGAUUGAAGGAAGUUCAUAUCAUUAAGCAACCGUUCAUCUUCAAAAUGGUCUGGGCACUGUUCAAGCCGUUUAUUAAGGAGAAACUCAACAAACGAAUGUUCUUCCACGGAAAUAACAUGAAACAAUUCCACCAGUAUCUCAGCCCAGAAGUGUUGCCGAAGAACUACGGCGGGGAGCUGCCGGAGAUUGACUACUCGGGCAAGGAUUGGUACCCGUGCGUGGACAAAUGCGUGGAUCACAUUCGCAAGUACAACGAGUGCGGGUUUGCGACCAAGACUGAGAAGUAGGGUUGGGAUAGCAAUUUUAGCCAAAAACGAACCAAAAAAAGACUCAAUCCAAUCUAGAAUCGAACGGGUACAAAUGGACUUUUUAUUGUAAAUCAUACAAUUUGUUUUCAUUACGUUACGUCAAUAUUCAGCACGGCUGCUGAUUUAGUUACCAUUUUAGCAACGAAUUAUUAUUAAAAAUGCGCCUAGACAGGUAAAAUGUUA